AAAACCCACAUAUCCAUCUUCCACUAACCCAGCCACUUCCGCCACCGCGACCAUCGCCAUGCCUUCGCCAGCCGAUCGAUCUCCGCCGAUCCUCCUACGCGUCGCCGUCCUCUUCCUCCUCCUCUCUACCGCCUCCGCCUGGAAGAAGGACGAGUUCCGGAACUGCGACCAGAGCCCCUUCUGCAAGCGCGCCCGCGGCCGCAAGCCUCACUCCAUCCCCUCCCUGUCCGCCGCCGACGUCUCCCUCUCCGACGGAGCCGUGUCUGCUCGCCUCCUCCCCUCCCAACCCCUCCGUCAGAACACCGCCGGAGAUGACCCCGAGGCCGACCGCGACCCCUCCCGCAUCCUCCUCCUUCGCCUCUCCGUCUACCAGGGCGGCGUCCUCCGCCUCCAGAUCGACGAGGACCCCUCUGCCCCCCGCCGCCGAUUCCAGGUCCCGGACGUGCUGCUCCCCGACCUCGACGAUCACCGCCUCUGGCUCCCCCGCCUCUCCUCUCCCGCCGCAGGGUCCUCCUCCUCCUUCUACCUCGCCGACGGAUUCGAGGCCGUCCUCAUCCACGACCCUUUCGAGAUCCAGGUCCGCCGGAAGGGCUCGGCCGAGCCGGUCCUCUCCCUUAACUCCCUUGGCCUCUUCGACUUCGAGCAGCUGAUGGUCAAGAAGAACGAUGGCGAGGACUGGGAGGAGCGGUUCCGGGGCCACACCGACACCCGGCCCCAUGGACCCCAGUCCAUCAGCUUCGACGUCUCCUUCCAUGGCGCUGACUUUGUCUACGGCAUCCCCGAGCACGCCUCGUCGUCGCUCGCUCUCCGCCCCACCAGCGGCCCUGACGUCGAGCACUCCGAGCCUUAUCGUCUCUUCAAUCUUGAUGUCUUCGAGUACCUCGCCGAUUCCCCCUUUGGGCUCUAUGGCUCCAUCCCAUUCAUGCUCUCCCACGGCGCCCGAUCCUCCUCCGGCUUUUUCUGGCUCAAUGCCGCCGAGAUGCAAAUCGACGUCCUUGCUCCCGGUUGGGACGACUCGGCCUCGCCGGCAAAGGGGAGGAUCGACACUUUGUGGAUGAGCGAGGCAGGGGUCGUGGAUGCCUUCUUCUUUGUCGGGCCCGAUCCUAAGGACGUUCUGCGGCAGUACAUCGGCAUCACCGGGACCCCUGCGAUGCCGCAGGAGUUCGCUGUGGCUUACCAUCAGUGUCGGUGGAACUACCGAGACGAGGAGGAUGUCGCGGCCGUGGAUGCUGCGUUCGAUGAGCAUGAUAUACCAUAUGAUGUGCUGUGGCUUGACAUCGAGCACACUGAUGGGAAGCGGUACUUCACAUGGGAUCGGGUGCUGUUCCCCAACCCCAAGGAGAUGCAGGGGAAGCUGGCAGCGAAGGGGAGGCACAUGGUGACAAUUGUCGACCCUCACAUCAAGCGGGAUGAUUCCUUCUACAUAUACAAGGAGGCGAGCGAGAAGGGUUAUUAUGUGAAGGAUGCCAUGGGGAAGGAUUUUGAUGGCUGGUGCUGGCCGGGUUCCUCAUCGUAUCCGGAUGUUUUGAAUCCAGAAAUACGGGAAUGGUGGGCUGAGAAGUUCUCCUUCCAGAGUUAUGUGGGUUCAACUCCCUCGUUGUACAUAUGGAAUGACAUGAACGAGCCUUCAGUCUUCAAUGGUCCUGAGAUUACCAUGCCCAGGGAUGCAAUACAUUAUGGAGAUGUAGAGCACAGGGAGGUACAUAAUGCCUAUGGAUACUACUUCCACAUGGCUACAUCAAAUGGACUUCUAAAGCGUGGUAAUGGAAUGGAUAGGCCAUUUGUCUUGUCAAGGGCUUUCUUUGCUGGAAGUCAACGGUAUGGUACAGUCUGGACUGGAGAUAACUCUGCAAAUUGGGACCAACUCAGAGCUUCAGUUCCAAUGAUUUUAACACUUGGUCUUACUGGCUUGUCAUUCUCUGGUGCGGAUGUUGGUGGAUUCUUUGGCAACCCAGAACCUGAACUGUUAGUGCGUUGGUACCAAUUAGGUGCUUACUAUCCUUUCUUUAGAGCUCAUGCCCAUCAAGACACUAAGAGACGGGAACCUUGGUUAUUUGGAGAGCACAACACUGCCUUGAUAAGAGAGGCAGUACAUGUUCGAUAUUCGUUGUUACCAUAUUAUUAUACACUAUUCAGAGAGGCUAGUGUAAGUGGCAUUCCUGUUAUGCGCCCUCUAUGGCUAGAAUUCCCUGCUGAUAAAGAAACAUAUAAUACUGGUGAGGCUUUCAUGGUUGGGCCAAGUUUGUUGGUCCAAGGGAUUUAUGAAAAGAGGCAAAAAUCUGUGUCAGUUUAUCUUCCCAUGGGGCAGUCAUGGUAUAACAUGAGAAAUGGAGCUGCAUAUACUGGUGGCAUAUCUCACAAAUUGGAAGUUUCAGAAGACAGCAUACCCAGUUUCCAGAAGGCAGGAACUAUAGUACCCAGAAAGGACAGAUUUAGGCGUAGUUCUACUCAAAUGGUGAAUGAUCCUUACACUCUGGUGAUAGCUCUGAAUGGUUCACUUGCUGCUGAAGGAGAGCUUUAUGUUGAUGAUGGCAAAAGCUAUGACUUUGAGCAAGGGGCGUACAUCCAUCGCCGUUUUAUCUUUGCUGAUUGCAAGCUAACAUCAAUAGAUGUCCGGCCUGCCAAAAUUGGUGGGAAAUUCUCUUCAGACUGUGUUAUAGAGAGGAUUAUUUUGUUAGGAUUACCAUCUGGGGCAAAGAAAGCUGUGAUUGAACCUGGAAACCGGGAGGCUGAUGUUGAACUUGGUCCGCUCACCCUGCGAGGAGGGUCAAGCCUGGUUGCAGUUACAGUCCGGAAGCCCAAUGUCCGCAUUGCAGAUGACUGGACUCUGAGGAUACUAUAACAAUGUACUCCAAUUUUGCUGGAUAAGGGGUACCCCAUGUUUGUUUUAGAUCAUUUUCAAGAACAAUGUUGAUCAUUACUCCACAUGUAUCUGUUAUGAUCUACCGAACCUUUCCAAUGUAAUGUGUAAUGUAUGUGUAAUGCAUGUGUAUAGAAUUUUGUUCAUGUUCCAAUCACUGUGAUUGAUUGCGGGUGGUUAAUUAUGAUCAGCUUCUAUUCUUUUCAA